GAACAUCCGGAACUUGAAGAGGUCGCAAAAAAAAUUGCUGCUAAGUGCAAAGGACUGCCCUUAGCUCUGAAGACGCUCGCUGGUAUGUUACGCUCCGAAUCAGAGUUUGAAGUGUGGAGGCGUAUUUUAACAAGUGAAAUAUGGGAUCUGGACAAGGACAAUGACAUAUUACCAGCGUUGAUGUUGAGCUACAAUGAACUUCCCCCACAUUUAAAGCCAUGUUUUUCCUAUUGUACAAUAUUUCCUAAAGAUUAUCCAUUUAGGAAAGAACAAGUUAUUCAUCUGUGGAUUGCUAAUGGUCUUGUAGUACCACAGGGAGAGGAAAGAAUCCAAGAUUUAGGCGACCAAUUCUUUAACCAGUUGAGAUCAAGAUCAUUGUUCGAUAAGGUCCGAAAUCCUUCUCACGGGAACACAGAGGAAUUCUUAAUGCAUGACCUUGUCAAUGAUUUAGCCUGAAUUGCAUCUUCAAAACUUUGUGUCAGGUUGGAAGAGUGCCAAGGAGAUCAUAGUCGGCACUUAUCCUAUUCAAUGGGAAUAGGUGGUGACUUUGAGAAAUUGACACCCCUCAAUAAAUUUGAGCAGCUGAGGACAUUGCUUCCAAUCUUUAAGGACUUUUACCGCCCUAAUCUAAGCAAGAGGGUGCUGCAUAACAUACUUCCAAGGCUAACAUCUUUAAGGGCAUUAUCAUUGUCUCAUUACAGGAUUAAGGAGCUGCCAGAUGCUUUGUUUAUCAAAUUAAAGCUUCUGAGAUUUUUGGACCUUUCUUGGACGAAGAUUACAAAAUUGCCCGAUUCUAUCUGUGCAUUGUAUAACUUGGAGACACUUCUCCUGUCAUCUUGUGAUGAUCUUGAGGAGCUACCGCCACAGAUGGAAAAUCUAACCAACUUGCGGCACCUUGAGAA